CAAAACCUUUGCAUUAUCAGUAAUUGCUGUGCUAUUCACUGCAUUUGUGGGAUUUGCUAUUAAUAUAUUAGUUUUAAAUAUCAGAAAUUACAGGUCAUGCAAAAGCACAGAUAUUCCCUUAGUGAAUGAUGAUGUUGAGCCUUAACAUUGACCAUAAGCACACACUGUAAUAAACACUUAUCUGUUAACAGCUAUACUACUUUCACUAUGUCUAUUGUAGCCUGGUGGGCUGAUAAACCUGCUGAGAAGAAUUCAUUAUUGUAUUUAAGACAAACUGCUUUAAGGCAUUAUUUUCAGAAGCCGGGACGGAAGCCACCAGAGCACCCCCCUUUAAAAAAAACCAGUGAGCAUUUCUCAAACACGAGUCACUCCCUUAGCCUGCCCAUAUAGCACAGUGGUAAGGACGCUCUCCAGGCUGCGGUUGAUAUAAUAGCUUCACAAAACACACAGCAAUACUAUUAAAGGAAACAGGUACAAAAAAUAGCAGAACCCCACAUGACCAAAGGCUAGCUAAACUAAAACUAGUGACCACUUUGCAUCAAUGGCAGACAAGGGGCAAAUCAAACAGACUGCAGCCGUAGUGCUGGGUUGCUUGGAGAGUGUGUCUUCAUUCGCCUCCACCUUCAACCCUCUGUUUGGCAUCGUCACCACACUGGUUGGUGCAGCGAGGAAAGGCCUGGUGGAUGAUGACACAAGCAAGCUGGACAAGGACUUCCAGCAAAUUCAUGAGAAGUUGGAGAGCAUCUCUGAGCAGAACAAGCAGCUGCUGGACCAGAUCCACACUGCUGAGAUUACCAUAAACUAUGGUAAUUUGGAAAAGAACAUCGAGCACCAGUAUCGAGGCUUCAAGAAAAUGGUGGAUCGCAUCAGGGAAGACCCCGAAAAAAGUGAGCGUUAUAGAGAGGAUUUCAAGAAAAUCUAUAGAAAACAAAAAGGCCGUCUGAAUUUGAACGUGUACUAUGACUCCAUCAUGGAAGACCAGGGUCCUUUUGGGAGGCCGCUACUGAUAUUUUAUCUAGAGAAAUGCAAUAAAAACAAGGAGGUUAUGGAGGCAAAAUGCUCUCAUCUGGCCUACCUCUUCCACAUCGGCCUCAUAGCACUGAUGGCCUACUAUGUGGUCACUGAGGAUGAUGAGGAUGAGUUCAGGGAAGAAUGGGGCCAAAAGGUCUUGAAUAUUCAGACCAAGAUGCAAGAAGUCCUGGAAGAGUGUAACUAGAAGAAGUGAUUCCAGAUUCAUGGAAAUUUUGUUAACCCACAGCUGUCUUAGUUUCUUCUGCAUGUGAGAACACAAUUAUUUUUCUUCCUGAAUUGCUUUUGUAUGUUUAUUAGAUUAGCACUUAAAGAUUUCAAUCUUUUUUCAUAUCCUUAUAUGGCUGUAUAUAUAUCAAAAACUAUUGCUGGAUAUACAGUAAAGCUGUAGACAAUAUUUGUGUAUUUUGAUCAGUGUUAUUCAUUUUGGCAGUUUGUUGAAUCAUGGGCUAUAAUGAGAGCUUAAAUUUACUAUUAGCUUGGAAAAAGGAGCAUUGUAAAAUCACAAUUUUUAUCAGACAUUGAAAUAUAAAAAAAAAUUAAAUCAUAUUAUUAGUAUGGUCAUUGUAAAAGUCCCAGGAUAUCUUUUAAAGGACUUAAAAUCUUUUCAUGUAUAACCACCACCACAGCACAAUAUGCAAAUUAGCAUGAUUUGCAGCAGUCGACUAGUGACAUCUGCAGGCUAUACAAAGAAUUACAUGGAUACGCUUGCACAGAUUUCUAUCUAAUCUUCCCACAUAAAAGACCCAAAAAUUGUCUUGCA